GUGGAAACAGAACACAAAGUGGUCGUCUACUGAUGGAGUGGGCGAGAAGCGAUGAAUCAAGAAUGAUCCUGAUAUGAUAUCUAUUAUUUUCUGCAACAUUUUAAUUUGAGGCUAGUUCUAUUAUUCAUGAAAUGGCCACAAAAUCACGCACAAUUGCGGGGUUAACCCUCGCAGUGUCACCUGCUUCUCGCUCCAGCAUCCUCUGUUCAGUGAAGGCCCCCCUCACCACAUCGUUCUUCAAUGGAGGAGUGGGAGCUCUUAAAAUUACGGGAACACAGACUGCUCCAUUGGGGCAAUCUCAGUCUACUAGUAGAUAUGGGGGUGGUCUUCGUAUACAGAUGAACCUUUUUGAUCGAUUUUCUAGAGUUGUCAAGUCAUAUGCAAAUGCCAUCAUAAGUUCCUUUGAAGACCCGGAGAAGAUUUUAGAACAAACAGUGAUUGAAAUGAAUGAUGACUUGAUAAAGAUGCGUCAGGCGACAGCACAAGUAUUGGCAUCUCAAAAGCGGUUAGAAAAUAAAUGCAAAUCUGCAGAAAAAGCUUCUGAAGACUGGUACCACAAAGCACAAAUUGCUCUUCAAAAAGGAGAGGAGGAACUUGCUCGUGAGGCUCUCAAAAGGCGCAAAUCCUAUUUGGAUAAUGCUAAUGCUUUGAAAGCUCAACUUGAUCAACAGAAGAAUGUCAUUGAGAAUCUAGUCUCCAAUACGCGGCUUCUGGAGAGCAAGAUAUCUGAGGCAAAAUCAAAAAAAGAUAUCCUGAAAGCACGUGCUCAGUCUGCAAAGACUGCAAACAAAGUGAAUGAGACGUUGGGGAACAUUAAUACAAGUAGUGCUCUGGGAGCUUUCGAAAAGAUGGAAGAAAAAGUUUUGGCAAUGGAGUCACAAGCUGAGGCACUGGGCCAGUUAACCAGCGAUGAUCUUGAAGGAAAGUUUGCAUUGCUUGAGAGCUCGUCAGUUGACAAUGAUCUUGCAGAGUUGAAGAAAGAACUAUCUGGUAACUCAAAGAAAGGAGACCUGCCUCCUGGAAGAGCUGCCGUGAGCGGUACAAACACAGCAUUUCCACUUCGAGAGGCUGAGAUUGAAGAGGAGCUCAAUGUAUUGAGGCAAAAGACACAGAAUUUCUAGUGUUCCCACUUCUCAUGUGCAGACUCUGGACUUCGUAUUUGAAUCCAGAUUUUAGAAAAUUAUUUCCUUCCACAUGGAAUUCAACUUCUCUGUACAGCUGAAGGCUGAAGUUGAAUUAGAAAUUGUAUAUCUCAUGUGUUUGUAUUCAAUAUAGGUGCACUGGCAGGAGAAGAUUCAAACUGGGAAGUUGAAUGCUGAUGUAUGAUAUAUUUGUUUUUGAAUCUGCAGCAAUCAUCUUUUGUCAA